AUGGCUCCGUCUCACACGCGCAAGACAUCAGGUACCACCGACUCGGUUGGCAGAGGGGCAUCAGCAGGAGCUCGAGUCGCUAAGAGAUCCGAUAACGCAUGCUCGAGGUGUCGAAAACAGAAGAUAAAAUGUUCUGGCUCACAUCCUUGCGAUGCAUGCAAGAAGCGCAAGCUAUCGUGCGAGUUUGACCAGCGCGAUCAAAAGAUCCUCGUCACCCGUGGGUACAUUUUAGACUUGCAGCAACGCGCCUCGAGCAACCAACCAAGCGCGGGCACUGCUGAAUAUGUCACGCCUGGGUCUUUGGAUACCAACAUCAACGUUGGCGGCUCUUCCGACCAAGUUGAACCAGCUCAUCGACCAACUUCUCCAACCGGCAAUGUUUCUGCAUCUGUACCCACUGAAGACUCACUUCUUGGCAGUCGAAGCAGCACGAACAACAGUAGCAAUGGAUUGGACCCUAUAGCGUCUGCCCUUGUGAACCCAUUAUCAGCUGGACAGUCCAAGUUCAUGGCCUCUGCCCAAGGUCGAGAGUUCUACCUUGGCACAUCAUCAAACUGGUCCUUCACCCGUCGAGCCCUCAGCCUCACCCACGAGUACAUCCACCAAAGUCCCAUCGCCACAGACACCUUGCUGUUCGAUGGCUCAGCGUAUGACCUAGGGUGGGACGGUUCUCGAAUUACUCCAGCGCCCGAUCCUCCCAUCAUGCCCAGUCUCGACCACGCCGUUUUCCUGGUCAACACUGUCAAGUUCCACUGCGGCCAACUUUUCCAUCUGUUUGACGAGGAAACCUUCAUGGGCUAUCUCCAUGAAUUUUACGCGGAUCCCACCGGCCAAAUUGCCGCCGCAGACUUACGAUAUAUCCACCUCCUUCUUGUCCUAGCAUUUGGCAAAGCGUUUGCCGAGAACAACAACUAUCAGUCGAAGAGACCGCCUGGUGCUGAUUAUUUCGUCACUGCGCUUCGUCUCCUACCUAGUAUCCACAUCCUCGUGUACGAACCGCUCAUCUCGACAGAGAUUCUAUGCUGUAUCGCCCUGUACUUCGAAUCCCUUGACUACCGACAUUCAUCCCAUGGCUUUAUCGGACAGGCGAUGAGGGUUGCAUUGGGACAAGGUAUGCACACCGAUAUGCCUGUGGAACAACUUGGGGAUAGAAUCGUAGAGCGAAGCCGCAGAAUAUGGUGGACGGUCUACAUACUAGACCGCGAGAUGACAUCCCUAAUGGGCCUCCCGCAAUCUGUUCACGACGACGAUAUUCACCCACAACUCCCGCAUUUCGACGGCUCAGCGCAGCGUGUGGCGGCCCUACACAUGCAGAUCAGGCUUUGUCGGAGUAUCGCUUCAGUUGGCAGAGGUGUAUACGGAGUAAAUGGUCGGCUCAAUAAGAAGUUCUUGCUGAGCACGAAAAAGGUUCUGGAGAAUAUCGCAGGUCUUGCCGACGAGCUACAGCAGCAGUUUCCCCUAGGGGUCGAUAAAGCAAUUAAUGGAGUUUCAAGAGUGGCCGGAUACUUACAUACGCUCUACCAUCAGUGCAUCGUUCUAGCAACGCGACCCUUGCUGCUUUGCUUCCUCAAAGUCCGCUUCGAGACACCAGACGCCAUCGCCGAAGCUCUCAACUCGUCUCAAACUGUCUGGAACCUGAUCAAGAUGUGUGUCGACUCUUCCUACCAGAUGAUCAACAUUCUUGGCUGUUUGCAAAGUCAAGGUCUGCUCGAAGCGUUUCUGCCAUUCGAUCUGGAAUCGUUAUUUGUGUCGAGCUUCAAUCUUCUAAUAGCACCAGUUCUGGAUCCAAGAUUCUCUGAGCACGACGCGAUAUUUAGGCAUAAGACUUCUAUCAUCUUCAACGAAAUGGUCAGCAAAGGGAAUCUCAUUGCAGUGUUUCGAAGAUCAGAGCUUCAGCAACUUGAUGAUAUGCUGAGUUGUCUGCCUCGCGAUAACACUGACACAACGCCGAUCCCCAUAGAUGGGCAGAUUAUUGGAGGUACGAUGGAGGGUAAUGAGGAGAGUUUGCAGGAUCCGAAUGAUGAUAACGAAACAAUGGCUUCUAUGCUUCCUGGACUGGAUGAUCUGGGAAUGGAUGCAUGGUUUACGACGGCGCAGAUGAUUGAUAUGGCUAAUUCUAUUGCGAAUAGUGACACUGAAUGGGUGUCGCACACAAUGAUGGAGCACGAUAUUUGGUAA